CAGCAGUACCAACUUUCAUACGCAAUUCCAUCUCGCUGUACCUCUACGCAAACUGCUCCUCAAAACACAAUGUCUUUUGUGUUUUGAGUAUGCAUUAGUGUUUUUGUUUUUCAAUCGUUUAUUUAUUUCAACUGGACCUGUGAAGACCUGGACAUACGCUGUGAAGGCACUUGAUAGUGACCAUGACAUACAUCUGGCUGCUGCUGUUGUCUUCAGUGGCCUGUGUUCCCGAGAAGCACAAGAGGUCCCCCCUGAACCAGCUGACCCGGACCCUGCUGCGGGGCUACGACUCGGGGGUCCGGCCCGUGCAGAACUGGACCAGCCCGACCGUGGUCUACAUAGACCUCAUCCUGCAGUCCAUCCUCAACGUGGAUGGAAAAACCCAGAGCCUUACCACAUGUAUUUGGUACAGACAAAUCUGGACAGAUGAGUUCUUGGUGUGGGAUCCUGAGGAGUUUGAUGGAAUCACUGAGAUCUCGCUGUUGUCAGAUGCCAUCUGGGUACCUGAUGUUAUCGUCAGUGAAUUCGUGGAUGAGGGAAAGUCCCCUCCUAUCCCCUACGUCUACGUCAACUCCUCUGGGCUGGUGAAGAAUUACCGGCCCGUCCAGGCUGUGCUGGCCUGCAAACUGGAGCUAUACGCCUUCCCGUUCGACAAGCAGAACUGCACCCUCACCUUCCGCAGCUGGCUCCACUCAGUGCAGGAACUAGACCUGGCCCUGUGGAGGAGUGCCGAGGCCAUCGCCAGCGAGCAGACAGAGUUCAUGAACGACGGGGAGUGGGAGCUGCUGUCCAUCCCCUCUCACUACUGGCAGCUCCAACAGGCUGGGGGGGAAUACGCUCACAUUCAGUUCAAUGUGCUGAUCAGGCGAAGGCCGCUGCUGUACGUGGUGGGUCUACUCAUCCCCAGCAUCUUCCUCAUGUUGGUGGAUGUCAUGAGCUUCUACCUGCCCAUCAACAGCGGCACACGCGUCACCUUCAAGACCAGCACGCUCCUGGGAUACACCGUCUUCAGAGUCAACCUGAUGGAUGAGCUACCUGCCACCGCAGUCACUACUCCGCUCAUAGGGGUGUUCUUUGCGGCCUGCAUGGCCUUGCUGAUGCUGAGCCUUGCCAAGUCCAUCCUGGCCAUCAAGCUGCUGCACCACGGGGAGACGGAGGUGCGGCAGAUGUCGGUGUCGGCCCAGCUGCUGGACCACUACGGCUCCCUGGGCCAGAGCUUUGCCGAGAGCCUCUUCACCACCGCCUCCACCAGGACGCUGGACGACCUCGCCCUGCAGGCGUCAGGAAGCUUUGGUUUCGACCGCCUCCCGCCCCGAGAGAGUCCCGUGCUGUCCCUGGAGGAUCUGUGGGACGGUCUGAGCUCCAGGCUGGACUGGAUCCUCCAGGACCUGCUCUGCCUGCGCCUCGCCCUCGCCGAGGGGGAGAGCGAGGACGUGGCCCAGGGCAAGUGGCUGGUGCUCUGCGCCAAGGUGGACCGCGUCCUGUUCCGGGUGUACCUGUUCAUCCUGGUCAUGUACACCUCCACUCUGGUGCUGCUCUGGCUCAGCUGGGGCCUGGCCUGACAGGUGUUUAAUGCAAAGACUGUAUGAGGAUUUAAAACAUAGACACAUGUGUAAGUGUUUAAACCUAAGACUGUAUAAGGGUUUGAAUCAUAGACUUCAUAAGGAUUUGAACCAUAGACUGUAUAAGGGUUUAAACCAUAGACAGUAUAAGGAUGUAAACCAUAAAAUGUAUAAGGGUUUAAAUCAUAGACUGUGUAAGGACUUAAACCAUGGACUUUAUAAGGAUGUAAACCAUAAAAUGUAUAAGGGUUUAAAUCAUAGACUGUAUAAGGAUUUAAACCAAUUAUAAGGGUUUCAAAUACAUAGACUGUAUAAGGAUUUAAACCAUAGACCUUAUAAGGAUGUAAACCAUAUACUGUCUAAGGAUUAAAACCAUAGUCUGCAUAAUGAUUUAAACCAUAGACUGUAUAAGGGUUAAAAUCAGAGACUUCAUAAGGAUUUGAACCAUAGACUGUAUAAGGAUUCAAACCAUCUACUGGAUUGUUAACAAUGUUACAAGCCCCACUUAAGCCCCACUUCGCCGCUUAGUUUAACCCAGCGUUCACCACAGCUCAAACCACCUAUAUGUCUAUGUCCCUGGUGCUCUCUGAUAUUGUGACUGUAUCUAUAUAUGUCAGAAUUGUAAUGCAAAUUAUAUUCUUUCCCUGAUUGUUAACUAAUCUGUUAAUAAAACAGUGUCAUCUGUA